GAAAUACAAAAAAAGAAGUAGCAAACACAGUUAAAGCUAAAAAGUCGAAAGAAUCAGAAACUGAAUCGCUGUCGCGUAUUCGUAUUCGUAUCGUUACCUGAAAGCUGAAAGCGAAACUGGCGCUCAAGUUCAGCGAGCGAAUCGACGUCGCUGCCGCUGUCGACGUUGUCGUUGUCGCUGUCGCAGCCGUUACCGUUUACCGCGCUGUCGCCGCCGUUGUCUCCGUCGAUUUCUAUGCAAAUUAUUACUCAGAAACAUAUAUAAAAAGCGUGCUAUUUUUAUUUCGCUAAAUGUCGACUUGAAGCGCCGCCGCCGUCGUCGCCGUCGUCGUUAUUGUUGCUGCUGCAGUGGCAGAAACUGUGACGGGAACGGAGAUUGGAACGGGAACACCGCCGCAACAGGGAACGCGGGGAUUGUAACCCGAGACUCGCGCUAAGUUGAGUUGACUUGAGUCGAGUCGCUCUCCUCGACAAACACAGAUUGUAUCUGAAUCUAUAGUGCUUGUGUCUAUGUGUGUGUCUGUGUGUGUGUGUGAGUGUAUCUGGCGCAAAAAGUAAUCAUAAACCAAGCGAAAACGUGAAAUGGAAAAAGUAAGCAGCGCUAAAAGUCACUCAUAAAAAAAGAGAAGCAAACACAAAAAAAAACCAAACAAAACAAAAGAAAUAAAGAAAAAAAAACGGCCGCUUGCCGUCGCCGUCGAUCGACAAUCGACAGACAAACAACAAACGUCACUCGUCAACGAUAUCAGCUCGUGUUGUCGUUCCCCACCAACUCCACCUCUGCCAACUCUGCAGCUCCAUCAACGCGAUUGUGAUUUGUAACUGUGACUGAACGAAGGAUUAGCAAGUAAUCGAUAUCCUCUGAGCAGAACUUGACAAGUGCAAAUAAAUCGAUUUAUAUCGAUAGACGAAUAAUUAUUACUAUGGAUUAUCUGUGCAUACUGAAUGCCUUCGAGCAGAAUUGUUAUCGCAUCAGGGAAAUCGAGCGAUUGGCCACCGCUGUCGCCUCCGUUUCCCAGCAUCCCGCAUCGUCAUCGUCAUCAUCAUCGGCCAGCAGUAGUGGUGCCUCCGUCUCUGCAUCAUCAUCGUCGGCAGCAUCCUCAACCGCAAGCUCGCCCACAUCGGCAACAGUUGCUGCCGCUGCCGCUGUGGCUGCUGCUGCACCAUCAUCGUCGACGUCGCGCCACUUUCCGGCUUCUUUUGCUCACGCAGCAGCGCUGGCGGCAACGCAACAACAACUGCAGCAUCGUCUUGCAGCGGCUGCCUAUCAGCAACAGACGGGACAGACGGCCGAGUUUCCUGUCCAAUCGCCACUCUUUUAUCAGCAACAGCAGCAACAACUUCAACAGCAGCUGCUGCCUGGAGCUGCGCAUCAGCAGCAGCAACAGCAUCAAGCGGGAAUCGUGGCUUCAUCUCAGCUGCAGCCAAACUCGAACUCCAAUAUGGCCAACAGUUUGCUAUGGCAGCCUUGGCGGGACUUGCAACAAGCAGCGGCCAUGCAUCAUCAGCUCUUCAAGCAGCAGCAACAGCAGCAACAACAACAGCAGCAGCAAUUGCACAAAGAAACGCGCCUGACGUCAAAAGAGCUGCCAACCACCAAGUGGCGUCGUGAGCGUCGUCAACGUGCCGCCGCCGUCGAGUAUCAAGUUCACGAUGCAGGCCAAACAGAGCGGGAACGAGAGCGGGAAAGGGAAAGGGAACGGGACAGGGACUCUUCCGAUAUGGACAGCCCGAUUGACAUGUCUGUGACGUCCAGCACGGUGAAGCAUCAGCGUGCCUCUCCGCCGCCGCCGUAUCGCGAACCCCUGGCGGGUGCGAGUAGCCAAUGCUAUGCGGCGAGUCGUCCCAGCGUCAUAACCCAAGCGCCGCCCAAGCGAGAGCCUCUCGAGCCGCUGCAUGCGCAUUCGCAUCGCGAGCAGGAAAAUCGCAGCACGGAGUCGGAUCCUAUUUGCGACAUCGAUGAGCAUUUUCGGCGCUCCCUGGGACCGGACUAUGCGGCGCUACUGAAGUCGCCAACACCCAGUUCGCCCACACCAUCGCCGCAACCACAGCCACAACAACAACAACAACAACAGCAGGCACAACAACAAUCACAGUCGAUGUCGGUGACGGUGACGGGCAAUGGAACACCCAUGCAACAGCAACAGCAGCAGCAGGCGCAGCAGAUCUCGCCACAUGGUGGAUAUCGUCAUCAGCCAGCAAUUUACCAGCAACAACAUCACUCGCCAUUGUCACUGCCGCUGCCGUUGUCGUUGCCAUUGCCGCUGCCGUUGCCGCUGACCAAGCUGGGCUUGCCCACCGUGCACUCACCCACCGCAUUGCAUUCGGCACCAGUAUCGCCGCAGCAACAUGAACUGCCGCCACCGCAGGAGGAGCCGCUAUCGUUGUCGCCGUCACCAGUUCGCGCAGCAUCCGCUUCGCCGCCUUCUCCGCCACCGCCGGCUCAGCCACCAGCGCAGCCGCCGACGUCGGGCGGUGCCGGUCAAAUCUUGGAUAUGCCGAUACCGAAACGUGAACGCGCCCUGGACACACCGCAUCAUACUCCUCCCAGAUAUAAUACGCCACCGCCAGCCUAUGGCAGCGUGCUGGCGUCGACGCCAACGCCGCCCACAAUGCCAGCGAUUAUACGCGUGAAAGCCGAACCGGGAUUGGCAGCUGCAUCAUCGACGCAUACGCCUCCCGCCUCACCCACCUCUUCCACGAACAUUUCGAUAUUCACGAAGCCCGAAGCAUCCGUUGAUGACCACUUUGCCAAGGCGCUGGGCGACACUUGGAAAAAGUUGCAGGGCCACAAGGAGUAAGCUAAGCGGACGUGGUGAUUAGGCGACUUUGUUGUGGCGCACGAAGAUGAACAACUCAAAAGCUGUUUUUAUUAAUUUUUUUUAAUUUCAAACUACACAAUUUAUGUUUAAAGAUCUCAUUACAAUGUGAAAAUUCUUCAAAUGCGAGUGUAUUACAAGUUUCUUAUAAUGAUUUUACUAUUUGCUUAUGAUUAUGGAUGUGGAAAAAGCGUAUACGUACAAGUGACAAAAUUGGUAUUCUUAAUGCAUAGUUGCAUAGAUAGACUAAUCCUUAACAUAUAUUUAUAUGUAAAAAUAUAUAUAUUUACCUACAUAUAUUCAUAAUAUUUCAUAAUUCUAAAUUAUGAACUUAUUGUUAGCUUAUGAUUACCCAAAUGAAUCCUAUACAAAUUAAAUUUAUCGAGUGACAAAUACACAGACUCUCUAAUAAUAUAUGCACUCUAUUACCACCUAAGCGCAAAAUCAACAAUAAAAACAUAUUGAAAAUCUAAAA